AUGGGUUGGGGUUUUAAUACCUGUGGCCCAAAUGAAGCAAUGGUAGUCUCUGGCUGCUUCCACAAACGUCCUCUGUUGGUUCCUGGUGGACGCGUAUUUGUGUGGCCAGGUAUACAGCGGAUCGAAAGAAUGCCGUUAAAUACGAUGACUCUAAUCAUAGAAAGCCCAAGAAUUUACACCCAGCUAGGUGUUCCCAUAACAGUAACUGGUGUUGCACAAGUAAAAAUAAAUGGAACCAACGGAGAGAUGUUAGCAGCUGCAUGUGAACAAUUUCUAGGCAAAUCAGAGAAUGAAAUACGUGAAAUAGCUCAAGAAACACUUGAAGGUCAUCAACGUGCCAUCAUGGGCAAUAUGACUGUUGAAGAAAUAUACAAAGAUAGGAAAAAAUUCUCUAAAGCUGUCUUUGAAGUAGCCAGUUCUGAUUUAGUGAAUAUGGGUAUUAGUGUAGUCAGUUAUACACUGAAGGAUAUUAAAGAUGAUGAGGGUUAUUUAAACUCUCUUGGUUUAGCGAGAACAGCACAAGUUAAAUGUGAUGCACGUAUCGGUGAGGCUGAAGCCCGUCGUGAUGCUGGGAUCAGAGAGGCUGAGGCUGAAAAACGACGUGUUGCUGGACGACUUUCAAAUGAUAUUGAAAUUGCAAAAUCAAAACGGGAUUUCGAACUACAAAAUGCUAGUUAUGAAAAAGAAGUACAAGCACGUAAAGCUGAAUCUGAAUUGGCGUAUGAAUUACAGGCGGCUAAAGUGAAACAACAAAUUAAAGAGGAAGAAAUGCAAAUCACUGUUGUUGAAAAAACUCAACAAAUUCAAGUAGAAGAAUUAGAAAUUUUACGACAAGAGCGUCAUUUAGACGCCACUGUUCGGAAACCAGCUGAAGCGGAACGUUUUCGUCUAGAACGACUUGCAGAAGCUGAUCGUCUGCGUUUAACUGCUGAGGCUGAAGCAGAGGCAGAAUCAAUUCGAUUGCGUGGUCGAGCAGAAGCUGAAGCACUUGAGGCGAUAGCUCGAGCUGAAGCUGAACAAAUGGCUAAGAAAGCAGAAGCCUGGAAAAAUUAUCAAAAUGUUGCCAAAUUAGACAUGGUUCUACAAUCCCUGCCAAAGAUUGCUGCAGAGAUUAGUUCACCGUUGACGAAAUGUGAAAAAGUAACUAUGGUAUCCACAGGUGAAGGAGAUAUUGGUGUUGCCAAACUCACGGGUGAAUUGUUCACAAUCAUGAACAGUUUACCACAAUUGAUACAUUCCAUGACUGGUUUAGAUGUCUACAAAAGCAUAAAAACAGUAUAG